CAGAAACAAAAAUGGCCAUAAAUCAAAGAACCAACGGGUCAUACUCCUCUCCAUUUCCUUCUCUCCAUUUACUCUCUCCAUUUCUUUUUCACUCUAUCUCUCUCCUUAAAAAUAAUAAUUAAACAUAAUCUUUUCUUUUUCCCUACCCCACCAUUUCCCCACCUCUCUCUAUCUCUCUCCUACUGGACCAUUCCAGUUAAUGGAGAGGAGCAAAAUCCAGAACCAACACCAAACUCCAAUAGUCUAUGGCUAACUAAUCAAUUAACAUUAGAGGUCUUCACUUCGGGCUUCUCCUGUUCAGCCUCUUGCACUUUCAUCUCCGUCUUCGUUCCCUUCAUUGACUUGUAUUACGCACUCAUGAAGGUGCCUAUGACUUUAUACUUGUGCCUGCAGUCAGUGGCGGAGCCAGAAAAAUGGCCCUGUGGUUCUCAAUCAACCGAUUCUCCAAACGCUGCACUGCCAAUGAACCGUCAAAGACGUCACCCCUAAGGACAUGGCCAGCCGGCCAGGUGUGUAGUACACUCCAAUAUCAGUGUACAUUUGGGCAUAGCUCGUGUCACCUUGCCUUUUGUGCAGCUCAAAUCCAGGUUUCGGAUAUAUCAUGGUUUUCAACAGGAGCCUGUAAAAUCUGUGUGGGCAAAGCCACAUGGGGCACACCUCUUUUAUUUAUAAUUAAAGAGCCAUACAAUGAUCAUAUGAUAUAUCAUGGUUUUCAACAGGAGCCUGUCAGUUUGGUAGAAGAAUUUUCCAUCUUUACAGCCGGAUUUCAACAAAACACAUACUUAUUGAUAAAUAAAUAUUACUGAAAAAUAGAAAUUUAUGGGCAAAAUGUAUGAUGCAUAGUUUGUAGCAAAAAUAUUAUCCUGGUAACUAUCGUGUAAGCAUCAGUGGUGCCUAUUAAAAACAACACUUUCAUCAAUUACUUUUUUAUUUUGAUUGCACAUUUGACAUUAUUUUACUUACUGAAUCAUGUGGGCUGACAAAUGAAGAAAAACAAUAUAAUCAUAGUAGCACAAAUAGUAAUUUUAGCAGGUCCCAGAAAAUGCAAGAAGAAAAAACUAUAAUCAUGGUAUUGAUAGUAUAAUCAUAGAGCACUUGGCCAGGUCCCAAAUGUAGGACAACAUAUAAUAUUCAUUUGGCUCUGUUUUUACACACCCAAAGCAUUCCCUUUAAUAUUUUUCUGCUUUAGACGUUAGUAGAUUCUAAAGAAGUGUUGUUUCAUCUUCCCACCCUUUACCCCAUUAUAGCCAUUGUCUUGCCACAGAAAUUUAAAAAUAACCAAGUAGCAGGUAAACUACAGUAGUGAUUAGCCAAGUUUAGAAGUUUGAAAGUUGACACUUUUUUUGUGCUAGGCUGAAUCAAUUAGGAAUGACAACUCUAGCUUAGUUGGAAAAUAAAAUAACAUGUAUUCAUAAUUAAAUAAGCAACCUUUAAAUGAAUCUCCCACACAUUGGCUUUUCUUGUUUGAUAAUCCACAAAUGAUGUGCUUAGUCAAUCAAAGAAUUUAUUCUAGAAAUCAUUUUCUUUUACUCUAAAUCUUAGCAGAAGGCUGAUCUAGUUAUUUAACUAAGGUGGCUCACUUACAUGCAUUCCUUUUCAUAAAAAAUCCAGCAUGUAAUUUAUUAUUCAUUUUUUCAUGCAUUCCUUCCCACCCUAAAGUAAAUAAUUUCCCUUAGAACAAGAACAUAAAAACCUGCUUGAUUUUUCUUUUUCCCUCCUAUCCUUUUCCUUCCCAUCCUGAGAGGAUGACAAACUUUUUUUUGAUUUACUUACUAAGAUAUCAAAUAAAAACAAGCACAUCAAAAUUGUUGCUCACAAGACAUCAUUCCAAUUCUAAAAACAGAGCACUAAAAUAUUAUGUACUGAACUCAAAAUUAGUUAAAUGCUGAAUGAAACUCCAGAGUUAAAUAUGGAAGUUAAGGAUAAUAGGUGCAAAAACAUAUAUGAAUAGACUCAAAAGUUUACAAGGAAAUAAAAC